GUAUAUUUUAUUGUGAAAUCCGCGGUCACACUGGUGAACGACCGACCAAAACAAUAAUAAAAUUUAAAAAGUUAAAAAAAGCAGAGAAUGGAAGUUGUGAGCGAACUCGUGCAGUUUAUGCAGCCGAACCAACGGCUGGACCUCAAGGCGGUGGCGCUGACACACGUGCUGGGUCUUACGGGCAGCGCCGAGGGAAAAGCGGCUAUACUGGCCCUGGACGACAUGCUGAUGGCUAUCUUCGGUCUGACAUUCGACGACAACCACACGGUGGCCAAAGAUGCAGUGCUCAGCCUAAUCAAUCUGACGGCGGACGAGGAGUGCGCCACCAAAGUGUUUCAUUUGGCCAAGCGAAUCCAGCCCCCCUUCGCCAUUGUGGAGGUGGCUGCCACACAAAUCAGUGACGAGCAGUCGCCUCUGGCAGAUCCCUGGAGCAUGGUGCUCAGCAAUCUAACGCGCGUGGAGAGCCUGGUGCACGAGAUACUCGACAUUCUGGAGCGGGGCGAGCAGACACUGCCGCGGCUGGCCAAAGCCUUUGCCCAGCUGGAUUACAACAAAAAGAAAGCGCGGCUGCACUACCUGGCGCCCAUCUUUUGCAACCUGACGCAGGUUGCGCGCGGCCGCGAGCUGUGUUGCCACGCACGAUACCAGCUGUUGGAGAAGCUGCUGCCCUUCGCCUCGUACGAGGAGAAUGUGGUGCGUCGUGGCGGCACCAUUGGCAUCCUGAAGAACGUUUGCUUCGAUGCGGUCUACCACGGCGUGAUACUCGGCGAAGAUGACAACAUAUUGGUGGCUAUUCUGCAACCGCUGUGCGGUCCGGAGGAGUUCAGCGACGAGGAAAACGACAUGCUGCCCAUUGAGCUUCAGUAUCUGCCCGAAAGCAAGACACGUGAGACGGAUCCAGAUCUGAGGAAGAUGCUCCUGGAAUGCCUCCUCCAGUUGUGCUCCACGCGGCGCAGUCGGGAGAUUCUGCGUGCCAAGGGAGUCUAUGAAAUCCUGCGCGAAUACCACAAGUGGGAGGCGCGAGUGGGCCUAGACCGUGAUUGUCUGCUGGCCUGCGAGAAUGUCGUAGAUAUUUUAAUCAAAAAAGAGGAAGAAAUCGGCCUGGAUAACUACAAAAACGUUGAGGUGCCCGCGGAACAGGCCGAGAAGUUUGUUCAGGAAGAUGUCGAAUAUGUUAAGAGUCUUUUAGAUUAAAACCCACCCAAUGACCCACCCUUUGACUGUAAAUACGCGUAGUGUUAGUGAAACUCAUGGACGGUAUUGAAUUUUCAAUAUAUGUAUGCGGUUUUUAUUCAGAAAUGCUGAUAGUUCAUUUGUUUAAUGCUUUGCUCCAAAAUGUUGCCCUAGAAAAGUUGUACGCACGCACUUAAAUGCAAGAGAAACAAUUUCGAUCGAUUUCAAUUCAAUUUUUGAUUAGUUCAAGUAGCGCGAUAUCUAUUUAGUUGAUCUAAUUAUGCUCCACCCUUCUGUAUUGUAUAAGUAUAAAGUUCUCUUAAGUGCUAGAUACGUUCGUACAUGCGUUCGAAAAAUGUCAUGAAACUUCAUUUUAACAAUCAUUUGCUUGGUCGUUCAUCGUGUGAGAGGGUUUCGAGGUGCGUGUUAAUUGUUUGCCUUUUGAUUAGUUUGCGCUUAGUUUUAGUUAAGUUGUAGUUGUAAUUUUAGUUGCACUGCAAGCAAGCGAUUUCAGCGGAAAUUGUGUUUGAGUGUUUGCUGCCCGAAAGCAAAAACCGUUUGAUUCUAUCAAAAUUGUUGUUUGAUUGCUGUGGAUUUUGUCAUUUCUUAUUUGCGGAAACCAUUGCAAGCUCGCUUAGACUCGAUAAAGUCAAAUUAAUAAGUACGAACCACUCGAAUUCCAACUGAAAAUUCAUACAAAUAUUCUGUGUUCUUCUGUGUGUGUGUGUUCAUUAAAUGCUAUUGCUGUUGAUUCCUAGCUUUGCAUA